GAGGUCUCAUAACAGAAACCUAUCGUUGAGGGAUUCCAAAUUUCUCCAACAUGGUUUUCCGGAGAACCAUCUUCCUUUUUCUACUGCAACAUUUCUUCAUAAUCUCAAGACAUGCUCUUUCUGUUCACCACUCUUUAGAAACCGAUAGAGCUGCGCUUCUGGAGUUCAAAAAGACCAUAAAGUCCGACCCAAAUUCCAGACUUUCCAACUGGAAUGAUUCCACUCACGUUUGCUACUUCACCGGUGUUACGUGCAACAAAGAGCACCACCGCGUGUGGCAACUCAACCUAAAUGAUUCCGGAAUUGUGGGGCCGCUUUCUCCUUUCAUUUCAAACCUCACCGACCUCAGAGUCCUAGAGCUUGUGAAUAAUCACCUGUCUGGUGAAAUCCCACGGGAAUUCUCCUCCCUCCGAGACCUUCGACACCUGUUGCUGGAGGGGAACAAUAUCCAUGGCCAGAUUCCAGAUACAUUCUCCCUUCUUGUCAAUCUCUCCGUGGUAGAUCUCCGGCAAAACAGACUAACGGGUAAACUCCCACCUUCCUUCUUCUCUAACUGCACUCUAUUGAAAAAUGUAGACCUUUCCUUCAACUUCCUAGAAGGGAAUAUUCCGGAAAUCGGAAGCUGCCGGGGUUUGUGGAACCUCAAUUUUUAUAACAAUCAGUUCACCGGGGAAAUCCCAUUUUCGAUCACCAAUGCUACGAGCAUGGUAAGUUUGGAUGUGGAGUAUAAUUUUCUCUCUGGUGAAUUGCCUUCAAAGAUAGUGGAAAGUCUACCUGACCUUGAGUUUCUCCAUUUAUCGUUUAAUCCCAUGAUUAGUCCUGAAAACAACUCUAAUCUUGAUCCUUUCUUCACUGCCCUUUGUAAUUACACCAGUGUGGUAGAGCUUGAAUUGGAAGGUAUGGGACUAGGUGGAAAACUCCCAACUUCUAUUGGGAAAUGUGUUUAUCUUGAAUCUCUUUUGCUGCAAGAAAACAAUAUCACGGGAUCAAUUCCUCCUACUUUGUCGAAUCUUACCCAUCUCUCGCAGCUGAAUUUGACAUCCAAUCUUUUGAGUGGAACCAUUCCCGAAGAGAUCAGUCAGCUAGCACACUUGCAGCAACUGUUCUUAUCCCACAAUUUUUUCACCGGACCGAUUCCAGCAGCAGUAGGACAGUUCCAACACCUUGGUCUUCUUGAUCUAUCGAACAACAAAUUUUCCAGUGAGAUCCCAAAAAGUCUAGGAAAUUUGGUCCAAAUAAACUCUAUGUUUCUCAAUAAUAAUCUUCUCUCGGGAUCAAUUCCUUCAAGUUUAGGACAGUGCAGAGAUCUCUACACGCUAGACUUGUCCUAUAACAAUUUAACUGGGAAUAUCCCUCCGGAAAUUACAGGUUUACGUGAGAUCAGAACAUUUCUCAAUCUUUCCCACAAUUUUCUAGACGGGGAUUUGCCAAUUGAACUCAGCAAAUUGGAAAAAGUUCAAGAAAUGGAUCUCUCAUCGAAUAGGUUCACCAGUAAUGUCUUCCCACGGAUAUCAAGCUGCAUUGCCUUGAGUUUGUUGAAUAUAUCCCACAAUCGUCUUGAAGGGGAGCUUCCGGAAUCCUUAGGUGAUCUCAAGAACCUUGAAGUCCUUGAUGUCUCGGUGAAUCAUUUAUUCGGAACAAUUCCAAAAAGCUUGAGCAAUAUCCGCACUCUUACAUUUCUCAAUCUUUCCGUAAACCAUUUAUCUGGAACCAUCCCCUCUGGUGGCAUCUUUGAUUCUGUCACAAACUCAUCGUUUUUGCAAAACGGGAACCUUUGUGGAUCAAUUCCGGGUAUCCCCACCUGCCACAAAAGCAAAAUAAAAAGGUUUCUUUCGACUGCUUUCUUGAUUGUAUUAUGCAUUGUCAUUGCGCUAUCAGUUUCCUUCUUGUUAGUCUAUCGUAUGAUGGGAUGGCGGUACUUAAAAGUGGUAAUAUCUGCUGGGAAAGCCGAACCGGAAACAGAAACAGAAUCUAAACCACAACCGGAAUGGAUUCACAACUUGCCUCGAAUAACAUACAAAGAACUGUUUGAUGCCACUGGAGGAUUUGAUGAGCAGAAGAAACUGGGGUUGGGGAGCUCUGGGCGUGUUUACAAGGGAGUGCUUCCGAAUGGGAUGCACAUAGCAGUUAAAGUGCUACAGUUGCAGACAGGGAAUCCCACAAAGAGUUUCAACAGAGAAUGCCAAGUUCUGAAGUGGAUUCGACACAGGAAUCUGAUAAGGAUAAUAACGACUUGUAGCCUACCGGAUUUCAAGGCGAUUGUUCUUCCUUACAUGGCGAAUGGGAGUUUGGAUAGUUGGCUUUAUCUACCCUCAGGGCCUGGUGUGGCUACUUCUUCCCGGUCUUCAGACUUGAGUUUGAUCCAGAUGGUGAAUAUUUGCAGCGACAUAGCGGAAGGGAUGGCUUAUUUGCACCACCACUCUCCUGUUAGAGUCAUACAUCGUGAUCUGAAGCCGAGCAAUGUUCUUCUGAAUGACAACAUGACGGCCUUGGUAUCUGAUGUUGGGAUCACGAGGUUGGUUAUGACGGUUGGAGGGGGGAACAAUUGUCGAUUUUUUGAGAAUAUUGGAAAGUCUACUACAAAUAUGGUGUGUGGAUCCAUUGGGUAUAUUGCACCAGAGUAUGGAAUGGGAUCAAACAUGAACAUAAAGGGAGACGUUUACAGCUUUGGCAUCCUAGUUCUUGAGAUGGUGACCAGAAAGAGACCGACAGACAACAUGUUUGCCGGGGGACUAAGCCUGCACAAAUGGGUCGAGAGCCAUUACCACGGACAGAUAGAGAGAGCAGUGGACCCGUUGCUUCUGAAAGCGAUGAGUGAUCAGACCCCAGAAGUGAAGAAAAUGUGGGAAGUUGCAAUUGGAGAGCUGACAAAGCUGGGGAUUCUUUGCUCUCAGGACUCACCCUCAACCAGGCCUGCGAUGGUUGAUGCUGCCGAUGACUUGGAUCGCCUCAAACGGUACCUCAUGGGGGAUACUACCGCAACAUUUGCCUCCACUCUUGGAAUUUCAUCUUCUACUGUUGGCAACCACACUAGCGUCCAAACACUGGUGGUUUGACAUUUGUUGUACCUGUACUGAUUUGGCGACGAAUACAGUAACGGGAGCCUUGUGCUCUGGGUAUCUUGUAUGUUACUAUUAUAUUAUUGCCCCAUGAACUUUAAAUGUUGGGUAGGAGAUGUGGAUACGAAUUUCAUUGGGAAGUUUGGAGAUGUUAAUGCUUUUAAAUUGGUUCUCA